GGCCUAGGCCACAGUGCGUACAAACACUGAUCUACGAGCAGAUAGACUUCCCACCAAUGACACUUCGGUUACUCACCGACCUGCCCACUUGGCUGGAGUUGUGCUAUCUCAUCUAACCUAUCCUGCCAUGCCCAGCGGUGUGUGUGGAUGUCCAACACUACUGACUAACAGCUGUCUCGGCAUUGUCUCUAACAAUGGACUUUGAAACGAAGAUUUAUACCAAAAUCGGUGGAUAUGGACGAUAUAACAGAAUUGUUUCCAUAUUCAGCUGGUUUCCGAAUUUUGCUGUGAUGCUGAAUCUUUUUUGCGACGUUUUUUACACCCUGAUUCCCGGGUCGUACCACUGUAAACCCGACCCGACCCUUUUACCUUCGGGUUUUCUUUUCAGUAAUUAUUCCAGACAAGGGUAUCUCAAUUUUGCCAUACCGUGGGUGAAUGGUUCUGGACUGAGUCACUGUAAACUUUAUAAGUACCCUAGAAACGUCUCCAACUUCAUAGACAGCAUUCCAAAGGAGAUAGUGCCAUGUACGAGAGGAUGGGAGUACGACCAAGCUGCGGCGCUUCAGAGCAACUACGUGACAGAGUGGAACCUAGUGUGUGUUGACUACUGGAAGAUUCCUCUGCAGCACAUCUGCUUCAUGACAGGGUGGAUUGUGGGAUAUGUCCUCCUGGGCACAGUGUGUGACUGGUUGGGUCGUCGACAGGGCUUCCUGCUGUCUGUGUCUCUGUCCGGUCUGUUAGGAGUAGCUGUGUGUCUGUCCAACAGCCCUGUAGUGUUUCUGCUGCUACGCCUGUCUCAGGGCGCCAUGUUGGCUGGGGUCUUCCUCUCCUCUUACCUCGCCAGACUGGAGCUGUGUGACCCUCCCCAUCGUCUCAUGGUUGAAAUGGUCAGUGGUUUCUUUGCCGUCGUGGCAGAGCUCUUGUUGCCAGGGCUGGCGGUGCUCUGUCGUGAUUGGCCAGUUCUUCAAGCAGUGGCAACCUUGCCACUGCUCCUGUUGCUCUCCUAUUGGUGUUGUCCAUCAGUGUUUCCCGAGUCUCCCCGCUGGCUUCUGGCCACAGGUCAGAUCCACCAGGCUAAGAGGUGUCUCCAGAUCUUCUCCACCAGAAACAGAGUCUAUCUCAAUGAGGACAUCUACCCUGCUGAGAACCUGCUCUCAGAGAUCGAUGCAGAGUACCCAGAUUAUACCCAGCCUUGCUACCACUCAGUCCUGGAGUUGCAUUCCACCCGAGUGAUCUGGAGGAACUGCCUCAUCCUUAGCUUUACUAUGUUCAUAGGCACAGGCAUCCAGUACUGUUUCAUCAGGAACCUUCGCAGCUACUCCCACAACUUCUACUUUAGUUACUUCCUGCGUGUGGUGACUGGAGCUCUGGGAUGUAUCUUCCUCUGCCUGUCCGUCAACCUCUUUGGUCGCCGUGGUAUCCUGCUUCUGUCUGCCAUUAUCACCGGCCUGUCCUCGCUGCUGCUGCUGGCCCUCACACAGUAUCUUUGUGGAGUGCUGGUGUUGGUGCUGUCUGUGCUGGGGCUCCUCUUCUCCCAGGCCCUGGCCAUGCUCAGUGCAUUCUUCGCCAGUGAGGUCAUGCCCACCGUAGUCCGUGGUGGUUGUCUGGGGCUGGUGCUUGCGUCUGGCUGUAUGGGGAUGGCUGCCUCCUCUAUGAUGGAGCUCCAGAACAACAGGGGUUUCUUCCUCCACCACGUCAUCUUCGCCUCCUUCGCCGUCCUCUCGGUGCUGUCCAUCAUGCUGCUGCCGGAGAGCAAGCGCAAGCCGCUACCCGACUCCCUGAAGGAUGGAGAGGGCCAGCGACGGCCCCCUCUCUUCCUGUCCCAUGAAGACACCCUGCCCCUGCUCUAUACCCGGUGUGGAGCCUCCGAGUACAACCCUGAUAACUACUCCCGCCUGGUCACCGCCACCAGGAAGAUGCUCAUCGAAGACAAUUUACCCUAUAAGAUCGUUGUGCCCUCCCAGUCCCCACUGCUGCCUUCCAACAGCGCUGUGCACUGAAUACUGGAGGAAGAGGCACUAAGAGAGGACUUAUCUUAGCAGCCUCUAACUACCAUCACCCAUCCUCCUCUCCCACAGAGAGACCUCACCUCAAACCCACUGGAUAUCUCUCCCUGGUAUCAUCCUGGGCUAGCUGCCUGGUUCCCUUUCACCAGACUGAGACGGUGUGAUCCAGACUCGUAUCGCUCUGAACGACGGGUCUUCUUGGAUAUUUUGAAGGGGAGGAGAGUUGGAGAUGUGUGUAUUUACUGUGUCUGUCUUUUUUGUUGUUGUGCCAAGUGUUUCAAACAAUACAACAAAAACGAUCUGUGUGUGUGCUUGCACAGACUCUGCUGAAAGACUGUGCGAGUCCUUUGUUUUUGUACUGAUUGAGAUCUGCUGUUUCUAAGACUGUCUUAACAAACCUCUCUUCUCCAGGCUGUGCAGCGUGCAGCUUUUUAUUAACCACUAAGGCUCACUUGAGAAGCGUUGCUUGUCCACUUAACUGGUGACUCAUGCUUUUCAGUACUGCUGUCUUGUGCCUGUGACUGCAAAGAGAAAGAGCAGGGUCCUGACUGUUACUUAAUCUGACUCAUUGGUGAAUCAACGAGGGGACCUCACAGAUAGAAGUCAGUUUGGCUCAAACUGGAAUGUAUUGUAGCCAAUUGUUUGAUUUUAAUAUUAAUAUAAUAUGACCUAAGCAAUGAAAGGUCAUUUCAUCCUGUCCACUUGUUGGAUGUGUUUUAAGAACAUGAGAUGUUGUCACAUGAUGAUUUGCACCAGGAACAAAGUUGUUAAAAUGAUUGAAAUAUGACCUUUACUCUGAGUCAUUAUAACCUUUCAAAUGGGACUUUACCUCAUUGUGCUUAGUUGUAUCACGUCCAUCUCUCUGCCUUAAACGGUGACCUUUCCUGUUCAAAGAAGGCAGUUGCUAGGACAUGAUACUUAACGUUCUAUAAGUAAUUUAAUUAAAUACAUUUUUAUCAACUAUUAAACCACAUUUCACUGCUCUUUUUGGUAUUUGACUGUGGUUUGAGGUAUUGCCCUUCUUGGCCUGGCUGUGGAACUGUUUUACGUUAUUGUUGGAUAGGAUGUUUACACUCUUAACUCAUUCGCUCUUCCUUUUUCAUCCCCCCUCUUUUCACAAUUCUCGUAGAAAAACAAAUAGAAUAACAGUGUCCUCGAGCAUCAAGUAAAGAGAUGCACAACUUCCUUUCAGAUUAUGGUAAACGAACAGACCCGGCCAGGACAUUUUCAACAAUGCUAUUCUACUUUUGACAUCAAUGGGGUCUUAACGAGGUCACUGGGUGUUGAACUAAGGUUGCUAUAGUAUUUUUCUGAAGCUGAUCCACUUGUAUUUUUCAUUUUUAUUUGCUUUGCUCGCCUCACUUUUCAAAAAUGAAAUCAGUUAAAGCAUUACCAGUGACCUCGUGAAUAAUAUUAACAUUAAUAAUAUUAAACAGGAAGUUUGAAUGGCCCGAAACUGAAAAUGUUUUGAGUGCUGCCCUGUGCUUCAUAUGUCUGAUACAAUGCUUACCACAAGAUGGUGCUGUUCUCUUAUAAAUGUAUUGAAUAUACAAAAUCCACCAUUUGUCUUUCAACUUUGUGUUAUGUUUUUAUCAACAAAGUCAGAUUUUUGUAUUUUGAAGAAUUGGAAACGUAUUUCAGUGUAAAUAAAAUAAGAUGGCUUGGAGUAAGUCCAAACACACCAUU